CCGGACCAACCCUCCGCGCGCUCCCGCCCCGGCCCCCGUGCGGGCCCAGCACCCCGAGCAUCCGCCCAGGCGCCGCGUCCCCCCAGGCCGCCAGGCCCGUCCGGUCUGUCGGUCCGUCCAGUCAGCCGGCUGCUUGCAUCGCGGCACCAUGCCGUUCCUCGGGCAGGACUGGCGGUCUCCAGGGCAGAGCUGGGUGAAGACGGCGGACGGCUGGAAGCGCUUCCUGGAUGAGAAGAGCGGCAGCUUCGUGAGCGACCUCGGCAGUUACUGCAACAAGGACGUAUACAAUAAGGAGAAUCUUUUCAACAGCCUGAACUACGAUGUUGCUGCCAAGAAGAGAAAGAAGGAUAUGCUGAACAGCAAAACCAAAACUCAGUAUUUCCACCAAGAAAAAUGGAUCUACGUCCACAAAGGAAGUACUAAAGAGCGUCAUGGAUAUUGUACCCUGGGGGAAGCUUUCAACAGACUGGACUUCUCCACUGCCAUUCUGGACUCCAGAAGAUUUAACUACGUUGUGCGGCUGUUGGAACUGAUAGCAAAGUCACAGCUCACGUCCCUGAGUGGCAUCGCCCAAAAGAACUUCAUGAACAUUUUGGAAAAAGUGGUACUGAAAGUCCUUGAAGACCAGCAAAACAUUCGACUAAUAAGGGAGCUGCUGCAGACGCUCUACACGUCCUUGUGCACACUGGUCCAGAGAGUCGGCAAGUCUGUGCUGGUCGGGAACAUUAACAUGUGGGUGUAUCGAAUGGAGACGAUUCUCCACUGGCAGCAGCAGCUGAAUAACAUCCAGAUCACCAGGCCUGCCUUCCAGGGCCUCACCUUCACCGACCUGCCUCUGUGCUUACAACUGAACAUCAUGCAGAGGCUGAGCGACGGCCGCGACCUGGUCAGCCUGGGCCAGGUGGCCCCCGACCUGCACGUGCUCAGUGAGGACCGGCUGCUCUGGAAGAAACUGUGCCAGUACCACUUCUCCGAGCGCCAGAUCCGCAAGCGAUUAAUUUUGUCAGACAAAGGGCAGCUGGAUUGGAAGAAGAUGUAUUUUAAACUUGUACGCUGCUACCCAAGGAAAGAGCAGUAUGGAGACACCCUUCAGCUUUGCAAGCACUGUCACAUUCUUUCCUGGAAGGGCACUGACCAUCCGUGCACGGCCAAUAACCCCGAGAGCUGCUCCGUUUCACUUUCACCCCAGGACUUUAUCAACUUGUUCAAGUUCUGAAUGUCUGCACACAACAGCGCUCCCUAAGGGCCCCGCUGCUGACUGGGUAGCUGGGAAGGCAGAGUUUGGACACUUCGUUUGUAAAUAGUGUACAUUUUAAACAUUGGCUCCACACUGCCGAGAUCAGUCAUGGAGAGGACAUCAGAGGCGAGAGACGCAGUUGCUGACUGGGAAUUUAAGAAUGUGAACUUCUCAUUAGAAGCGGGAUGGAAAAGCAGAAAUACUGUAAAUAAACUUUUUUUUUUUUCCUAACAAUCUGCCGGCAAGACUGUAAGGGCAAGAAUUCUAACUCAGCGGUGAAAAUGGAAUUCUCUUGAUGUUCGUGGAAACCCCUUGAUAGUUCCCUAGGGAUAAAAAAGGGGAGAGAAAAAAAAAAAAAAGAUACAAGAUAGGACACUCUGUUUACAAUGUGAAAAUGUGUUUAGAGAAAACAAAAGAACAGAAGAAGGAAACUACAUACAUAUGAGACGUCUUGGGCUUUUGGUUUUGAUUUGGGGUUUGUUUUGAAAGGCAGAGGAAGCACCACCCACCUUACGCGUGCUGGGUACAGGGCCUUAUCCUACGAAGAUACCACACAAUGUUCUACCUCUAAAAGCAGAGAGCGCUUUCUUGACAACGUGCAUUACCCAGUAAGCAGUGUCUGCUUUGCUUGUAAGUUUUGUCAUCACUGUAAAAAGUGAUUUAAAAUGGGAGGAGAUAUUGGAAGCAACCUUCAUCUUGUUUCAGACUUCCUUUUUAGGCAAACAGGGCCCUCUUUGAAAUUCGCUCUUUUCCUAGAACAAUCCCAAAGUAUAUGUGCCUUUUUUCCUUUCAUGUUGUAUCUCGUUUGGGGAAACAGAAGGCCAAUUAGGAACAGUCCCCACGGAAGUCUGGCCACAAAAAAAGAUAGAAUUAGUCACUCCGUAGCUGUGAAGAUUUCCAUAUUCCUGUUUAACUUCCUGGCUUGUCUGGGUUCCCUUGGGCACUUUCGUGGAUAAGCAUAUGUCUGUGGGCUGAUUGGCUCCCCAGGGCUGAGGCUUGAAAGACAGGUUUUACAUGUUGGCCAAUUAAAUAUCUUACCAGUGUCUGCUCCCCUUGGCCAGGUGAUGAGCUGAAACGCUUUCAUCAAAAUUUAGUCAACCUGAUCUAGGACUUUUUGUGGAGGUGAUUAAAAAUAAAACCUGGAGUUUGAGCCAGAUAAGGAGCAGAGGUACCCUGAGUUCCUCCUGAACUUGCUUCAAGGCUGAGUAGUUCAAACCCAAGGAGUUAAAGCAUAAAGAUCCCUAGAACUCUUGUGAGGCAAAUAUUAGCUGUGGAAAUAACUGUGGGAGAAAGGAAAUCUCAGGACUUAAAUGAGUGAAAUGUCAAAUAUUCCUGGGAGGGGUUGGGGAGGGAUUUUGUUUUGUUUUGUUUUUUACUUUUUAUAGAAUGUUGCUUUUCUACAACAAUGUACAUAUAUUGCAGUUGUAUUUGCUUUUUUCUUUUUCUUUCCAAAUAAAGUUGCCACCCUGCAUGCCUUUGGCAAAUAAGUGAAGGUGAAAUAGGAACUUGAU